UUUUACAAUUCACCAAACCAAAAGCAAAAACUACUUCAAAAUCCAAUCACUCUCUCUCAAGAACACACACACAAAACAAAUAAAAAAAUAAAAAUGAAAAUGACAAGUUUCCCAGUGAUCGACAUGGAGAAGCUCAACGGAGAAGAAAGGGGAGCAACAAUGGAGCAGAUAAAAGACGCCUGUGAAAACUGGGGUUUCUUUGAGAUUCUGAAUCACAGCAUAGCGCCUGAGUUUCUGGACAGAGUUGAGAGGAUGACGAAGGGGCACUACAAGAGGUCCAUGGAGCAAAGGUUCAAGGAAAUGGUGGCCAGCAAGGGCCUGGACUCCGUCCAGUCGGAGAUCGACGACCUGGACUGGGAGAGCACCUUCUUCCUCCGCCAUCUCCCCCAAUCCAACAUCUCCGAGGUCCCGGACCUCGACGAUGAGUACAGGGAGGUGAUGAGGGAGUUCGCGGCCCAGCUGGAGAAGCUGGCGGAGGAGCUCCUGGACCUGCUCUGCGAGAAUCUUGGACUGGAGAAGGGUUAUCUGAAGAAGGCCUUUUGUGGCUCCCGAGGGCCGACCUUCGGGACCAAGGUUAGCAACUACCCGCCGUGUCCGAAGCCGGACCUCAUCAAGGGACUCCGGGCCCACACCGACGCCGGCGGCAUCAUUCUCCUCUUCCAGGACGACAAGGUCAGCGGACUCCAGCUCCUUAAGGACGGCGCGUGGAUCGACGUGCCGCCCAUGCGCCACUCCAUCGUCAUCAAUCUCGGCGACCAGUUGGAGGUGAUCACGAAUGGAAAGUACAAGAGCGUGAUGCACAGAGUGAUCGCGCAGACAGACGGCGCAAGAAUGUCGAUCGCAUCAUUCUACAAUCCGGGCAGCGACGCGGUGAUCUAUCCGGCGCCGGAGUUGGUGGAGAAAGAGUCGUCAAAGCAAGAAAUGUACCCGAAAUUCGUGUUCGAGGACUACAUGAAGCACUAUCUCGGGGUGAAGUUCCAGGCGAAGGAGCCGAGGUUCGAGGCUUUCAAGGCUAUGGAGAUCAACUCUGGCCCCAAUCUGCAGGGGCCAAUUGCAACUGCUUAAAUAAUUAGUAAUUCCAUUCAUUAUUACAAUUAUUCAUGCAUACAUACAUACAUACACACAAGUUUGUUUAAGUUUAAAGUUUGUAGUAGUAAUCAUGUGUGGUAUAUAUCAUAUAUGGUACAGGGAGAAGAUAUAUCCGUGUAUGUCAUUAUUUAUGUGUGUUCUUAUUAUUACACGUGAUAUUGUGGGCUUGGGUUUUGGUAAGAAAUAAGAAAUGGAAAAUGUUUGCACACAA